AUGGACGUGAUUCAGUUUUCUGAAUAUUUUGGAGAUGAAAAUGACGACGUUGCAUUUCAAUAUACGCAAGUCAUAUUUCAACACGACAAUCAAAUUUAUCACGGCCUUUCAAAGAAGAGAUAUGGCUCGAAGUUGGACAUCAAUGAUCACGACUUGUACGACACGACUCGCAUUCCCGUCGAAGAACUCAAGCCAAAAUUUGAAAAUACGUUUACUAAGGCAUGCGACUAUUCGGAACCUGUUCAGUGGUAUAUCAAGCGCCAGUGCUUAUCGCAUUACGAUCCACAACACCCGGAUCGACUCAAAUACCAGACACUUCAGGAAGUUAAAAUGUGUGAAAUCCUCAGGGCGAACCCCCACCCGAACAUUGCUGUAUAUCAUGGCUGCGAAGUAAUGGACGGGCAAAUAAGGGGUCUUUGUUUUACAAAGUACAGCCAAACCCUGAUGGAAAAAGUAAAUGGAGCAAAGUACAACAAACAAUCUUUUGCUUUGAAAACGGUUGGCAACAUCCCAGCUGAAGCCAAUCAAUGGCUCGAUGAUAUUGGAUGCGGAAUUCGACACCUUCACUCGCUUGGAUUGAUCCAUAACGACAUCAACCCCUCUAAUAUCAUGUUCGAUGGAGAUCAUCCAGUGAUCAUCGAUUUUGGCUCUUGUACGCCAGACGGACACAAUCUAAACGAGAUUGGGCGGACGUACGAAUGGCACGAUGGAAAAAUCAUGGAGGCCAAGCGGAGUAACGAUUUGGAUGCCCUGGAAGAGAUAAGACUAUGGCUAAAGGGAGACGUUGACAGCUUCAAGCAUUAA